AUGAAAGAUUUGGGUUUGCUUAGCUACUUCCUUGGCUUGGAAAUUUCUCAAGAUUCAUCUAGUUACUUUCUUACCCAGGCCAAGUAUACUUCUGAUCUCUUGGCUCGUGCUAGACUUAACGAUUGCAAGACUGCCACUACUCUUGUUGAUCCUCAGACUUGUCUUACACCUCUUGAAGGUUCCUUAUUGUCUGAUGCCACCAAAUAUCGUCAGCUAGUAGGCAGUCUUGCUUAUGUUGUCCACAUUGCCAAUUGGGCGGGGGAUCCUACUAACCGUCGUUCCACUGCUGGGUUCUGCUUCUUCUUGGGCACCUCUCUUAUUGCCUGGCGUAGCAAGAAGCAAACUCUUGUUGCUUGUUCUAGUACUGAGGCUAAGUAUCGUGCUCUUGCUGACACUACUCAGGAGCUUGUGUGGCUCCGUUGGCUUCUUUCUGAUUUGGGAGUUUCUCAUUCUUCUACCACCAAUCUUUAUUGUGACAACCAGAGUACUAUUUAG